AUGCAAUUCCUCACCGUCCUCACUGCCAUUGGCCUGGCCUCUGUUGCCGUUGCCUCGCCCCCUGCCUGGGCUGGAAUCCCUGGCGCCCACCACACCCUCAGCACUACCACUAGCUCCAGCGCCACCCCAAGCUCCAGUGCCACCCCUAGCUCCAGCGCCACCCCUAGCUCCAGCGCCACCCCUAGCUCCAGCGCCACCCCUAGCUCCACCGCUACCCCAAGCUCCAGCCCCUCCUGCAACUACCCUUCGGGCUUUCCUCUGCCCUCUGAGGCUCCCUUCGACGUCCCCCCUCCCUGGCAGUCUGGCUGCCCCGGUGAGGGCGAAGGCCGCUAA